AUGCCUCCUAUUAGUAGAUCAAACAUUGGACGACGUACACGUAAUGCAAUCAUUUGUGAGAAUGUCCGUUAUAAUCAAACGCAAGAGGAACGAGCAGAAGUAAAUGUAUUGAGACGUGCUCAUAUAACACAGGUUCGCGCCUUACAAACACCACCUCAAAUUCGACAACAUGGUAAUAGGAGAAGAAGAAGUACAAAUGUAUCCUUGAAUCGCGCUGCUUUCGAAUACGAUUCCACAAUCGCCUACAAAGAUCUUUGCUGUGUUAAUAUCGGUUCAUUGUCUAUCGUAUGCCAGCAUUGA